UUGAGGUGUGAACAUGUAGCGUUAUGGCGAUUCUCGAGACCUGCAUUUGCUGCAGCCUACUUGUUGCGUCUGCUGUUGCGGGGAUAUACGCACUGGUUGCAUAUGUGGUGGCAUUCACAAUUGAACUCUGGUGGAUACUUGAGGCUGAAGUGACUUUGCCUGCACCUGCCUAUGUCCUGUGUGCUGGCUACUUCUUCAUAUUCAUCCUCUCAGCCCUUCUGCUUCAUGGGUUAACAGUGAAACGGACCUUGUAUUUAUUAGGAUGGCUGUUCAUGGUUGGAAUGUUUACAUUUCCAGAGGCUGGACUUGUUCUCUUUAUGACAUUCCAUUUCUGGCAAGUGGAAUCAUUGAAUGGACUGACAGAGCUCAUCUGUUGGACAUGUCGACUUAUUUGUAAUAUUGCUGGUCUCGUAUGUGUGCAGUCUUUGUACUCAACAUGGAAAGAGGAGAAGGUUGUUUUAAGAAGAUUGCAAGCGCUAAACAUGGCAUCAAUCCUUGCAGAAAGUAGAAGUACUGCUUCUAACAUUGCAACUAAUGUACAUCCAAAAAAUGGAAUAGCUCAAGCUGCUGGCUACACAAAUGCUGCAUUUAUGGGAUCAACAAAUAGUCUUAGCAGUAUAGCGUCAGUUGUCAAUAGGACUCAUCCUGCCAGAUCACCUUCUGUGGUUCAUCGUCACAUAAAUCCUGGUAGCCAUUAUUCAGGAAAUCAGCAUUACUUCAGGACACCUAAUGACCCAGGUACAGUGAGCGAAUUCAAUGCUGCAACUUUUAAUGGGAUGCUUGCUGCUGGCAUGUUGAGAGAUAUGGAGCAGCCCCAGUAUAGGCUCAGCAGGUCACAGUCACUAGGAGAUCUCAGUAACAGUGACCUCUGGAGAAUGAACUCAUAUACAACAAUGGACUAUGUCCCUGUGAAUGCUACCCAAAGCUUAGACAGAAGAAUGUUGAGAUACAGCACUAGAUUAAGACGUGCAGGUUCAAUGGAUGAGCUGAACAACUUACGAUACUGCCACAAUGGUGGUGGUAGUUUGUGCUAUGCGAGAAGAGUGUACAAUGUUCUGCAGCCAAGUGAUUUCUGUCUGUAUGGACAACCUAAGUUUCUUAACAAGAGCAGGACAUCCCUGUCUGAGUCUGAUGAUCUACAGAAGUACCGUGAUGUUGCACUGUGACAUACAACAAUGCAUACAUCAGUAUGAGACGUUACCUAAGGAAGACUGCCUUAAGGUUAUCUUCAGUUGCAGGAUAUCCUUGUUUAUUAAAGUUGUUCACUUUGGAGCAGGACAGAGUGAUUCCUUGUUCAAUACAGUUUUGCUUGGAGAUUUUAAUGAUUCUUCUCUGAAUUUGAAUAUUUUGCUUAUAUACUAGUUACCAUAGAAUGGAAUCAUAUUUAAACUUAUUGUUACCUACUCUAGUCCUGUUACACAUCAGCCAGUAUUCUUCACACCCCACGUUCCCUUGUAUAUCCUAUUGUAACCACAUGACUAUUUCUGUUUUCUUACUUUACUGUUUCUUUGAAGGUAAUGUUAAUAACCAUAAUUUCACUGAAAACAUGAAGCUUUAUAUAGUGAAGUGAAGAAAACUCUGAUGAUGACUCAAAAUCUUUGAUGUGUUCACAGCAAAAGAGCUGCAGUCUGAGGCAUGUACUGUCUUCGUUCCCUUGGAUGCCGGGAUUGUGCGUUCGAAUCCCACACAAGGCAUCAA